CGGCAGUGCAAGCUUUGCUGCGCGCUGCGGUGGGAGUGUCUCCUGCGGGUCUGCAGGGAAGACACCUACUGAGACCUUAAACCUGGCACUGGUGUUAUGGAAUCAGUCACCUUUGAGGAUGUGGCCGUGGGGCUCCUUCAGGAGUGGGCGUUGCUGGAUGGUGUGCGGAGGGACCUGUGUAGAUACAUGAUGCUGGAUAACUACAAGAUCCUAGCCUCCAGCAACUGGGAAUCUCAACUGAAACACAAAGAGUUGACUUCUGUGCAGAAUAUUUUGGAAGAAACACCAUCCAGUGACAUGCAAAUGGGCCUGAGGCUGUUCCCAAAGAUGCAGGUUGAACCCUCAAGGGGAGUGAGGGGGACACUAUUACCUCAAGAAGUCUGGCCAGCUCUCCAGGAGUCUCCUUGGUCUCUGAAAUGGAUGGGACAAAAGGCAGCUGGGCAGUUUCAAAGGAUGGUGACAUUGGUCCCCAUGUUGGGCCACCGGGACCAGUGGAUGGAUGGGGCUUUUGCUCUGCCUGCAGUAGACCCUGUUUGGCUCCAGGAGGACAGCACAGAGGAAGAAGGCAUGGUGGCUCCUGGAUUGCCAACUACUUGUUCACAGGAACCAGUCACCUUUGCAGAUGUGGCUGUGGUGUUCACCCCAGAAGAAUGGGCAUUUUUGGACUCCACUCAGAGAAGCCUGUACAGAGAUGUGAUGCUGGAGAACUACAGGAACUUGUCCUCUGUGGCAGGUGAUCAACUCUACAAACCCUGUAUGUUGUCCCAUUUGGAGCAAAGAGAAGAGCUGUGGACCAAGCAGAGAGGAGUUGUCUCAGACACCUGUCUAGACCCACAACUUCAACUCAGAGAGUCAAUUCCUAGUGAAGAUAUUUUUGUGGAAAUUCCAUCUUUUGGCAUGAAAAUGUACCAGAGCCUUCAUGUUGGAGAGUCACCCUACGAAUAUCAAGAGAGUGGAAAUUCCUUCCUCCAGAGAGCUCACCAAAUUGUGCCAGAGAAAAUCCAUAGUGGGGAUAAAAUCUAUGCAUGUAACAAAUGUGAAAAGUCAUUCAGAUACAGCUCUGACCUCAUCAGGCAUGAGAAGACUCAUACUACAGAGAAGUGUUUUGAAUGUCAGGAAUGUGGACAAGCCUUCAAGUAUUCCUCAAAUCUGCGGCGACACUUGAGAACUCAUACUGGAGAGAAGCCCUUUGAAUGCAGCCAGUGUGGGAAAACCUUCACAAGGAACUUUAACUUGAUUUUGCACCAGAGAAACCACACAGGAGAGAGGCCCUAUGAAUGUAAAGAUUGUGGGAAGGCAUUUAAUCAGCCAUCAUCCCUUAGGAGCCAUGUGAGAACUCACACAGGAGAGAAGCCCUUUGAAUGUGGCCAUUGUGGGAAAGCCUUCAGAGAACACUCAUCGCUGAAGACCCAUCUGCGUACCCACACCAGAGAGAAACCAUAUGAAUGCAGCCAGUGCGGCAAGCCUUUCCGGACAAGCACUCACCUGAAUGUACACAAGAGGAUACAUACAGGGGAGAAAUUGUACGAGUGUGGGACUUGUGGUCAGGUCUUGAGUCGUCUCUCGACCCUAAAGAUUCACAUGCGAACUCACACUGGGGAGAAGCCAUAUGUGUGCCAGGAAUGUGGGCGAGCCUUCAGUGAGCCCUCCUCCCUGAGGAAGCAUGCAAGGACUCACAGUGGCCAGAAGCCCUACACAUGCCAGGAAUGUGGGCGAGCAUUUGGUCAGUCUUCACACCUCCUUGUGCAUGUGAGAACACACACUGUGGGGAGACCUUAUCAAUGUAAUCAGUGUGAAAAAGCCUUCAGACACAGCUCUUCACUCACUGUGCAUAAAAGGACCCACAUAGGGAGAGAGAACAUUAGGAAUGGCAGAUUGCCUUUAUCCAUAUCUCAUUCCUAUGGUGGGCCACUUGAUAACUAACCUACAGUUUGUAAAGUAUAAACAGUUGGGGCUAUUACUGUUCCUCAUAAUACUCCUUUAGCAGCACCCCAUGUUUUGAUGUAUAACGUUUUCAUUUUGGUUUAAU